UUAAAUUCUCAAGAGCCCAAUGAGAAAAAUGAAUGAUCAUACCUAUCCACGGCGGGGAUUUGGAAACUAUGCACGACCCGACCAAUUAAUUAACAAACCUCCUUCUUCAAUGCCUUCGUAUAACAAAUCAAGGAAGGCUAGAAAUGGUGCUCCACAAAACUUUUAAAAAGGGAAUAAUGGACAAUGGAAUGGGGUCUAGCUCAAGUAAACCAACAACUUGAGCAUCAAAAGAAACAAUUGUUAUCAAAGUAACUGAUGAAAGAAAGAACAUCAACAAAAGCUUUGAAUGAGGUAAAAAUCUACUGUUACGUGAAAUGAAGUACUUCGAGAAGCAUCUCAAUAGCGGAGACUCUGCAGAAGAUAUAGAUAUAAGCGUUCACUGAGAUGUUGUGAUCUUUGAGUGGUUGAUGGAUUACAUAAAUAAUAAAGAGCCUAAAUUUUCCAAACAAAAUGUGAUCCCAAUUUUGAUAUCUGCAGAAUUCCUCAUAAUCAAAAGACUCAUUGAUGAGUCUGUCAGAUUCAUAGGGAACAAUCUUUCUGAGGUCUCCAAGGUCCCUAUUGAUCUAAACUGUCUGAGCUCAAGUAUUGUAAAAUAAGCUGGCUGACUCGAUUUCUCUAGAAAGGAUAGUAUCAUGUAAAGAUCUUAGAGAGACAUUGACAAAUAAGCUUUACUCUCACAAGCUUGAUGAUUUACUUAAAUAAGGAUCAGAAUAAGCUCUCAAGAUGAGUGCACUGUAACAUCCUAUACACUGUAGAACAAUCCAAGUGGAUGACCUGCCCAAAAGCGGGUAUUUUUAUUGAUUAUAGAGGCAGAGUGAUUGCAGAUCACUUACCAGACACCAAUUGGAGCAUAGAAGAUUUCUUCGGGUUCUUAAGAAAGAAUGGGGUCUCAUGGAAACGAAUUUUUUGGAAAAUUUGGGGCCGCCUUACAACUGAUGAAUGCACAGAAUGAGGCAGCAUGUUUGCUGUGGCAGACUACAAUAAGUGUUCUUAUCACACAGCAGAGCCAAUCUUUGGAUAUGGGUCAAAUACUGGAUAUUAUCCUUGAUGAAGCUCAGAAGCAGUGAGGUUUUCAACUGGAGUUAAUGCUGAAGGGUGACAAAACAAGUCUCAUUCAUUUAAACUAAUGAAGUCUGACUCUAUUGAGUACAUCUAUUUCAACAAGCAUUUUGAAUAUCUUAAAGAAACUGAUAGCGUAAAGCAUAAUCAAUCUCUAACUUCUGAAUCAAAAUAAUGAAGAGUCAAAGGCUUCCCUUCAAACAAUAAAGUACAAAAAUAUGAGCCUCUUUACUCUUUUGUCUGAAUUUGUGGGAGGAAAGAAAUCAAAAUCUCUUAAUAAGAACUGAGCUGAAUGAAGAAAAUUAGGCACUUUCUGAAGAAGUUGCUAUUCAAUGCAAGACGAAGAUGAUGAUUCUCCAGAUUUCAACUUCGUUCUCCCUAAAAAGCUAAAACCAUCAAACAAUACCAAAAAGGACAAAGAGAACCUUCCCAAAUAAACCAACCAAGGGGAAAUACAAAAUGUGGAAGCAUGACUACUUCCGCGACAAAGAUCGUGAAGCUAUGGACGACAUCACCAAACAACUAAAAAGACACCGUAAAAAGGCCAAAACCUCCCUUACAAAAUCCCUCUCUCUCGCUCGUUCUCAGAACAAAUCCCAUACAAAAUCAAGUAAGACAACCAAGAAGCUUGCAAGUAAAGGUACGAAGAGUAAAUAUAAAUAA